GUUGAGUCAGCCUCGUCUCGCCGAGCGCGCGAGGCGCUCGCCGGAUCGCCUCCUCCACCGGCUGGACGCAAGCCAGUCGCACCUGGUUUGUGGGUUUGCGGAUGCUGCUGCCGCGGACAGCUCUCGCUAUGGAUACGCUCGCUUGUGCCGCCGCUCUCCUGGUCCUCCUCGUCGCGACGUGCGUCUCACCGGUACCGGCACAGGACGUGAAGCCCCGUGUGAAGCUGAGCGACCUAGUGUCGGAGGACUAUGACGUCAUGCAGCCGCCCCUUGAAGGAGGCCAACCCGUGGCGGUGAACGUGUCGGUGGCGGUGCUCAAUAUCCGUUCGGUGGACGAAGGACGGCAGUUUGUCGAGAUGGAUCUGUUUCUGCACGUGAUCUGGUCUGACUGGCGGCUCAGCGGGCGCGUAAACAACAAGAUCGUUGUCGACCCACGCUGGUACCCGGAACUGUGGACGCCUGAGGUGUUCUUCAAGAACUCGGCUGACGGACGCCUGGACAAGGUGAUCUUCCCGUACGCCUACAUCACGCUUGAACCGUCCGGCCAGUUCUUCCUGGCCGCCCGCGUCUCCCUCAAGUUGGCUUGCAACAUGGAUCUCAGCAGGUUCCCCCACGACAAUCAGUUCUGCGACAUGCAACUCAGCAGCCUGGUGCACCCCAGAGAGCAGGUGAUGCUUUACUGGAAGAAUUUCCGUCUCACGAAGAACCUGUCCCUGUCGCAGUUCACGGCUCUCUACGUCGGUCACGGCGAUUGCACGAAGUCAUUCGACGUCGGCACGUUCAGCUGCCUUUAUGGCCGCAUCGAGAUGCGUCGUCGCGCCGGCUACUACCUGAUCAACAAGUACGCGCCCAGCACUAUCAUUGUGUUCAUGUCGUUCGCCGCUUUCUGGAUGCCCUGCGAGGCGCUGCCGGCCCGCGUCACGCUCAGCGUCACCUCGCUUCUCAGCUUGGUGACCGCUCAGUACCAGGCGCACAUGCCGGGCGUCUCGUACGUGGUCGCCAUGAACGUGUGGAUGAUCAUAAGCAUUCUGUUCGUGUUCCUGGGUCUCGUCGAGACGGCGCUCAUCGUGGCCUGCACCGCGAAGCACAAGAAGGGAGUCGGCCGGUGGCCCCAGCCCGUGCUCAUCGACUGGGUCUCCAGGAUUCUCUUCCCCGCCGUUUUCCUGGUGCACUCACUCAUCUUUUGGGGCGUUUACGGCCGGGACUAAGCUUGUUACGUCGACGUUAAGCGCUCAAGCGUGCUCUCAGGAACGCAAGAGUUGCGACGAAGAGUGCAAGACGGUGAAGUGCUUGGCGAUUGUGACCAGGAUCUAUUGCGUCACUAGAGUUAUGAAGUGUUCCUCUUAGAGGUGCUCGUCUAAGCGGGUGCUAGGAGUGGGGGGGUAUUCCCCAUAUAGUGGCAAAAAAGCAUCACUCUCAAGGGCUUUUUGAACAGAAAACUGUCGCUAGUCAAAACAAGGGCGGCAAGAUCAAAAGACAUGUAGGUUAGUCA